UAUUUUUUUUAUUUAUAACAACAAACAGAAAUACAAGUUACUAAAUGGAAUCACUUUUGUUUUCAGUGAUAGCAGUAGGACUAGAGGACAGAAUUUGUGAUGAUCAAAAGUGACCAUAAAUUAAAUACAUACAGAUCACUAUCGCUGGAAACAUAAAUAUUCUGGAUUAAAGUGACAUGUCCCUCCCCAAACAGAUGGUUACAUUGGUUAUGCUGGUAUCUAUUCCAUCGUGUUCGUUAUCGCGUGAUUUCACCGAUGUUAGAAAGAGAUUCGAUUCCGUGACAUCAGCGUCAAUGCAUCUUUCUGGUUUGACAGAUCCAAAUAUAUCCAUGCCAGGCCCAGCCAAGGCAAUAACUACAUAUCAGCACGAUGUUUUGAGCACUGGCGGUCAAAUGAGUGUUAAAUUCAAAAGUGGAAGUGGUCUUCCUCAAAGCAUAUCUGAGUCCGAGUUGGUUACAAGACCAACCACAACGAGCAGAACUAUAGGUCCUCAAAGUAGAAACGAGUCACCAUCAACCACAACGAGCAGAACUAUAGGUCCUCGAAGUAGAAACGAGUCACCAUCAACCACAACGAGCAGAACUAUAGGUCCUCAAAGCAGAAACGAGUCACCAUCAACCACAACGAGCAGUCCUAUAGGUCCUCAAAGUAGAAACGAGUCAUUACUACCAGAUGUUACUGUAACAGGAAAGAAUGUAUCGAAUCAAACCAUACCUUGCCCUCGUUUGUGUAUAUGCAAUCAAAUAUCUGCUUGGGAAAAAUUUGUUCGAGCAAAUAUGAGAUUAAUGAAUCGAACAAUAACGGACAAAUAUUCGUGGCAGGAAAUAGGUGAGAUGAUUGUACGACAAAAACGGAUACGAAAUCUAUCAGUUAUUGAAACUUGGAAGAGGGAUCUGUUUAAGGAAGUUGCGUGUCAUGUUGGUGAAGACCAACAGCUGUCUGUGGAUUUAGACUUUAGAAAUCAAGCUAUGGGCACUGAUGCUGGACAUUUCAACAUUAGUUUUAUUUGCUCAAAUGGCGGGGUAAUAGUAGUAAGCAAGCUGGAUGCAUUUUUGGAAUCUGGCUUUGUUUUCCUUGUCAACUGUUCCGUGAGAACGGCUGGUUAUCUUGAGAGUAGCAGGUCCUUGGUAAAGCUGGCAAGCGUGACUGUCGAUAACUCGACUCUUCAGUGGCUCAGCAAUGUUACCAUUUCUAACACAAAAUGGCUCACCACUUAUGUGUAUCUACAACACACCACUGACCGGAUACCCGAGAAUUAUUGAUCGGACAAACGGGCAACUUAAAAGCGUUUAUUUUAAAUACAAUAACAUGAUGGAUACGAACUGUUCGUUCUCCGUGGGGUCAGAGAUGACUCUUACCACAAUAGAAAUCACGAAUAAUAAUUUGAGAGAACUCCCCGCGUGUUUACUGACGUCAGCCUUGACGUCACUGACUCUAUCAAAUAACAGACUGGAAAACAUAUCAGCGCUUCUUCAUCCUCGACUUGUUCCUGCGACCAAUCUAUCAGACUUGUGGUUGGAUCAUAACUUUAUAACAAAUAUCGGAAUGUUUUCUUAUAUGAAAUUAACCAUUUUAGACCUUUCUCACAACAAAAUACAACAUCUAAAUAAACUGACGUUUAAUCGUUUGCCCGAAUUAACGUAUUUGGACUUGAGUUGGAACAGGCUUACUAUCAUUCCUGCUGGAACAUUCAAAGCGUUCUUCUUUUUACAGUUCCUGAACGUAAGUCACAACCUGAUUAGAGAGUUUUCGUAUCUGCAGAGCACCUUGUCACCUGCAGAUAUCAACAUCCACCACAACCAGCUGAUGUACCCUCCCUUCUACCGCGAGGGUUAUAAUAUCGUGACAGCACAUACCAUAAAAGCAGAAGACAACCCGUACCAAUGUGACUGUAAAGCGGAGCUAUUUAAAAAGCGUAUAGGCCUACUUUACUCCAAGUCGAACACUAAAUACAAAAUACAAUUUAAACAUCUCGAUAAAUACUUGUGUUUCAGUCCCAAGUCUUUGCAUAAUCAAACACUUUUAAGUCUAAACUUUUCUGACGUCUGUCCGGUUGUUACAGACUGUCCAGCAAGCUGCGAGUGUUCGUUUAAUAAAACUACCAACGUGACGGAAGUACGAUGCAGUAGUCUGAAUAUGACGUCACUUCCGGCAACUGUACCAGAAGGAAAAGUGGUACUAUUAUUUAGUGGAAAUGGUAUCCACAACGUAUCGACGCGAGGGUAUUUCACAAGAGCUGAAAAGCUAAAUCUUUCUAGGAACGAUCUAGAGCAACUGAAUUCGCCUGUGUGCGAGUUAUGGAAACAUCUGCAAAUUGUAGACAUUUCAGUUAACAAAAUCAGAUAUCUUCCAAAAUGUUUUGAAACAUUUAAUCUGUCGGCAAUGGCACUACACGUGUAUGGCAACCCAUGGACGUGUGAUUGUACAUCACUGUGGAUGCUAUCAUGGUUUAAAAGAAACAAGCAGCAUAUACCAGAAUAUGAGAGAAUGGCAUGUGGUAACUCAGAAUUUCUAGGAAUCCCGUUGAAUAGCUUUGUGGCGUCUGAACUGGACUGUGAUCCCAGUUCGUACUUACACAUAGCUAUCCCUCUUGGAUUCCUAGCAUUAUUCGCCAUAGUUCUAAUACCACUCGCUUACAAAUUCCGAUUCCAAACACAAGUUUUCAUCCAUGCACAAUUUCACGCCAGACCGUUUGACAGAAGGAAAUUGGAAAAUGCUGAAUAUGUCUAUGAAGUAUUUCUAUCUUAUCAUUCACAGAACGAAGCCUGGGUUGUCCACACAUUGAUGCCAAGACUAGAAACAGGAGAUCGUCCAUACCGUGCGUGCGUUCAUUACAGAGACUUCGAAGUUGGGGCAGCAGUAGCCGACAACAUAGUAAACGCUGUACAGAAAAGUCAGUGUACGGUGGUGAUUCUAUCCAAAGACUACAUCGCCAGUGAAUGGUGUGUGUUUGAAUUUCAAAAGGCGCACCACGAGGUUCUAAAGGACGGGGCACGUAAGCUUGUGGUCAUCCUCAUGGAAGAUAUCCCAAUGGAGGAUACAUUUCCUGAACUGAAAGUUUAUCUGAAACGAAAUACAUAUCUUCGUCUGGACGAUAGAUGGUUUUGGCAAAAACUGUUCUUCUGUCUCCCGGAUCCCUUGAAUGACAAUGUCAAUCGGAACCAGCGGCAGGUCGGGAAGGGUUUUGAUAAUCAUCACAUGCACGAGAUGGACGAUCUCCAAUAAGUCAUGAACGGAGAAUCAUCGCAUGCACGAGAUUAACGAUCUCCAAUAAGUCAUGCAAUGUACUGAGAAUUAUCGCAUCCACGAGAUGGGCGAUCUCCAAUAAGACAUGCACUGAGAAUCAUCGCAUCCACGCGAUGGGCGAUCUCCAAUAAGUCAUGCACUGAGAGUCAUCGCAUCCACGCGAUGGGCGAUCUCCAAUAAAUCAUGAACUGAGAAUCAUCGCAUCCACGAGAUGGACGAUCUCCAAUAAAUCAUGAACUGAGAAUCAUCGCAUCCACGAGAUUAACGAUCUUUAAUAAGUCAUACAAUGUACUGAGAAUUAUCGCAUCCAUGAGAUGGACGAUCUCCAAGAAAUCAUGCAAUGUACAUCUUUAAAUUUACAUGUGCAAACUGGUACAACAUUUAGAAAAGUAUCUUUUUGUGUACCUUAUGGACAAAACGAACUUUUUAAACUACCAAUGAAUGUUCAUUUAUGUUAGGACCAUACUUAAUGGUGUCCAGGGGCCAGUACCUCUACCCCCUCCAUGUGCCAGAGCUUUUGUCAGCUUGCAGAAUAUCCCAUGUUAUUCUAGUUAUUUUAUGUUUAUUAUAGUCAUGUACAUAUUCUGUUCAAAUGUUUGAAAGGUACAAAAGUAUAUGGGUUUUUUUGUUGUGGUUUGUUUGUUUUUGUUUGUUUGUUGUUGGGUUGGGUUUGGGUUUUUUUUGUUUGUUUGUUUUUGUUUGUUUUUGUGGUUUGUUUGUUUUUGUGUUU